GCGCGUGCGUAAGCUAGUUCUUCCGGAAUAAAGUUGGAGGAGACGGAAGAAACGCAAUACGGAAGAUAGUGUAAUGAAGGGGAAAAAAUUGAGAGAAUAAUACAAUAUAUUGUUCCACCGUGAAAGAUAACUUAGUUAUUAUUAUUUCAUACAGUUUUUUCAUAACAAUUGGAGAAAAAAAAAAGGCAACCCACCACUAAAACUCUGUCUAUUUUCUAUUGCAGGGGUCUCCUACAACACAUAUACAUACAUACAUCUACAUGUAUGUAUAUAUAUAUACACCAAUAUCUAUCUACUACUUGGGUUACCCUGCUAUAUAUUUGAAGCUAAGAACGACGUAUCACUGUUAAUAACUACGCUUGUGUAUUGGUUAAUCUUUACCGGUAUUCCAGCUUUUUUUAUUUUCUUCUUCAUUAGAGUUGAUGAGCGCUCAGUUUAUAUGUAAACGUUUAAAAAAUAAGCAGCGCUCCUUAUUACGUAUGAAACUAUUAUCUACUCUGCCACCAUCUCCUCCGUUGUCGCCGCCGCCCUUCUUUCAUAUUUCUUUGACCGACCGACCGCCCGCUUACCCCUUAUUUUCCCCAUCCUUUCACCCUUUUCUCAUUGAUACAUAUAUAUAUAUAUAUAUACACAUAUAACGCCAUCAUCAUCAUGCUGUUGAGAAAAGAGUUGUUUCCUCGUCAAAGUUUUCUGUAGCUUGCAAAAAAAGAUUUAAAAAAAAAAACAAUAAUAAUUUAAAAAAAAAAAAAAACAAAACAAAACAAAAAACAGUAGGGGAGAGAGACGAAACAAUAAGCCGGAAUACUGGCGGCACAGAUUUCAUUUCAUUGCCAUGGCUCAAGACGAAGGCCAGCAGCAAUCGGAUCAGCUGGGAGAGAACUGGCUGAACAAUUUCGAGAGUCAGUGCCUCCAAGAAUUGGACGCUGAGCCCAACAUGGAGGAGAGAUUGCAAACAGAAAGAGAAUACGCUGCUCAGAAACUUUGGUCGGCUUUUCAGAAUUCGGCCACUGCUAUUGCUCAGAUGUAUCGAGAUCGACACCAAGGCCGUUCUUUAUGGGGUCCAUUUCGAAAUGCAGCUACAGCAGUUACUGAUAUGUACAAAGAUAGUAUAGAUACAUUACGAGGCUGUAUUGAUGUUGGUGUGCAGUGUGGUAAACAACACAGAACAAAAGAUAUUAUUGCCUGGGCCAAAAAGAAACGACGUCAUAUACGUAGAGAAGAGCUUCUUGCUUUUCUUUGUGGCAAGAAUCCACCAUUGCGUAACCGAGGAGCAUCUACUGGCAAAAGUGGUACUUGGAUGACUAAAGACAGGCCCUCUCAAAGGUUAUCUCACUGUGGUGGAAGGGAUUUAGAACCAGACACAGAUACUGAAUUGCAAGCUUUUAGUGAUGCAUUGGCCUUGCAAGGUUUAAAUGGUGCUAUGUCAAAUAUUAGUGUAGGAUAUCUACCUCAUACUGGCGGUACCUUAAACAGAAACAUGGAAGAUUUGAACAGAUUUAUUCUUGAUGAAAUAUCUAGGCAUUCUGAUUCCCGCAAAAGAAGUCCACCUUCAGAUGGUAUGGAUUCACCAUCUCGAAAAAAAAGCCGCAUAAUGUAGAAUAAUGACAAACUGAACCACUACAUGUCACUGGUAGAAAACUUUCUAUAAAAUAAAUACAUAAUACACACACCUAUAUAUAUAUAUAUUGUGUGUGUGUGUAUGUGUGUAUAUAUAUAUAUAUAUGUGUGUGUAUAUAUAUAUAUAUAUAUCCUCGUGUACAUACAGUUAGCUUCUUCUGAAGCUAUUCUUCUGUGAAAUGAUGUUGAGCCAACAUUGUGUUUGCUUCAGCCGAUUAUAUAUAAAUGACUCUUGCUAAAAGGAGACUAAUCUCCCCAUUUGGGGGCCACAAGAGAAAACUGUCAGAGCAGGGAUUUUUUUUCCUUUUUUCUUUUCUUUUUUUUUUUUUUUUUUUUAAGCCUGGAAAUCUUUUUCUCGUAAUAGUUAUAAGUACCUCUCUUGUGGAUGGUAACCAAAGACAAAUCCUGACAUAACACCUGUGUAAAUCAGAUUAUAUUUCUUCAGCGUGCCUAGUUAGCAACUGAAAAAAAAAACCUGGGAAGGGAUGCUUUCGCAUCAUAUUCUGCAUUGAAAUGUAAAAGCUGCAACAAUUGAUAGAAGAAUGACCAGGGCCCUCUCGUUGUGGCUGUCCCAGCAAUCAACAAGACACAAAUAAUGGAGUUUUAGCAGCCUUAACUUAAUUUUUUCAAUAAACACAAAGUAUUUCGUUCAUUUUUUAAAAAGCAGUUUCUAUUUCUUCAUUUUUCUUUUUCUUUUCGCCUUUUCAUCUAAGGGUUAGAAUAUUUGCUUGUAAGAAACCAAAAAGUAUUUCUAGUUUAAAAAAGUAAUCGGAUUCUCCAGCCUCUCUAUAUAUGUUGGUCAGUAAGCAAUGUAAUUUUUAAAGAGUUUUUUCACCAUUAUUUUCCCAUUAGUACCACUUAUUUCAGCUGCCUCUGAGACUUUUCAAUUCUUACCUUAUAUAUUCUUAAUCUAAUGAUCAGAGUAGUUUUUUGUUUUUCUUUUAUUCACUGAUUAUGUAGAAGUUAUACAUUUAAGUAAUAAUAACCUUUACUACCAACUUUAGUCACUUGUGAAAUAUAUUUUUCAAUUUCUUUCUCUUUAUCCAAUAUCAUUAUUUUAGUUUUUAAUAUAUUCAUGAAAUUCUAUUUUAUCCAAAGGAGAUGUCUGUAUUAUUUGAUCCUUCAGCUGGUCUUCCUUAAUAACUGCAACAUCAAAGAUCUGUAAAAUAGAAUUAUCUCACUUUUAAAUGCUUCUUCUUCUUUGUGUAGCAAAGUUGAAGAUUUCUCUCUUUAUUUCACUGAAAACUCUCUCGUACAAUAUUUUCAGAUAACGACAGCAAUUAUUUUUUUCCCUGUUUUAACUUUAGCUGUAGUCUUUCUUUUUGGUGCCUUUCUUCUCAGUUUGCUACCAUCUGGUCUUUGUUUUAAAGGAAUCAUUGAAUUUCAUUAGUUUUUAAUCAAAAACUUCUCAUAAAGAUUUUUGGUUCUGAUGCUCUAUUCCUGUCAGAUUUUUCAAAUUAUUCUUGACUGCUAAGAAAAUUUAGAUUUAACCUCAGUUGUAUCAAAAAUGGUUACUAAAAUAUUCUAGUAACUAGAAAAACUUUUUUUGUUCACAAAACAAAAGUUAAUAUCUUUCUCUCAUUCCAGUGGGCCAUUUUAUUUAUUUUACUUUUUUUUUUCAAUCCAACAAUUUAGGCAAAAUGUCUUUUUCUUAUUGCUAAAAUCAUUCAUUAAUUUGUUUUAAUUUAUGGUAAGUAAAGCUGUAGAAUCAAGGUGUAUGUUUCCAAAUUGGAUUAAUUAACCAUUCUUCAACUCAGAAAUAGUUCUUCAAUUUUUUUAUUUCAAAAUCCAUGGUGUUUAUUAUCCAUGGGCAUUGUAUUCACACAGUGUACAUUCCAGAAUAUGUUAAUGGAUAUAAACUGCAAUAUGGAGUUAAUAUAAUCUCCACAGGUCUAUUUCAAAGUCAUUAUCAAAUGGCCAACUCUCUAGUUUUAUGUAUCUGUGAUAGUUUUUAUGUGAGAGGGUGUGUACAUGUUUGUGCAUGCAUGCAAUAAGUUUCCUAUGUAACUAGACAGACCAGAAUGUUACUAGAUCUUUGUUCCAAAAUACUGAGAUAAUAUUACAAUAUUAGUUUGACAAGAUCUCCAAAAUGAAUGCUGUACUAAAAUUAAGAGCCCUAUACCAUUAAACAUUCAGUCUUAAAGA